AUGGCCCCAGUGCAGCUGGAGAACCACCAGCUGGUCCCGCCCGGAGGCGGCGGCGGGGGCAGCGGCGGCCCCGCGUCAGCCCCGGCGCCUCCUCCUCCGGGAGCCGCCGUGGCGGCGGCCGCUGCGGCGGCGGCUAGCCCUGGCUACCGGCUAAGCACCCUCGUCGAAUUUCUGCUGCACCGGGCCUACUCGGAGCUCAUGGUACUGACUGACUUACUGCCAAGGAAAUCUGAUGUGGAAAGGAAAAUAGAAAUAGUGCAGUUUGCUAGCCGGACAUGCCAACUCUUUGUUCGAUUAUUAGCUUUAGUAAAAUGGGCUAAUAAUGCUGGCAAAGUGGAAAAAUGUGCGAUGAUCUCGAGCUUCUUAGAUCAGCAAGCCAUCCUGUUUGUGGAUACUGCUGAUCGCCUGGCCUCAUUAGCUAGAGAUGCUCUGGUCCAUGCACGCCUGCCUAGUUUUGCCAUCCCAUAUGCUAUUGAUGUACUGACUACUGGGUCUUACCCACGGCUGCCAACCUGCAUUAGGGAUAAAAUUAUUCCUCCAGACCCAAUUACCAAAAUUGAGAAACAAGCUACACUUCACCAGCUGAACCAGAUUCUUAGACAUCGUCUUGUAACCACAGAUCUUCCUCCUCAGUUAGCAAAUGUUACAGUUGCAAAUGGCCGAGUGAAGUUUCGAGCUGAAGGAGAAUUUGAAGCCACCUUGACUGUGAUGGGAGAUGACCCUGAUGUUCCCUGGCGUCUUCUCAAGCUAGAACUUCUAGUUGAGGAUAAGGAGACAGGAGAUGGGCGAGCCUUGGUUCAUAGUAUGCAGAUCAACUUUAUCCAUCAGCUGGUACAGUCUAGGCUCUUUGCUGAUGAGAAACCUCUUCAGGACAUGUACAACUGCCUGCAUUCUUUCUGCUUAUCACUUCAGUUAGAAGUGCUACAUUCCCAAACUCUAAUGUUAAUCCGAGAGCGGUGGGGAGACCUCAUACAGGUGGAAAGGUAUCAUGCAGGAAAGUGCCUCUCCCUCUCAGUUUGGAAUCAACAGGUUCUUGGGAGAAAAACAGGGACAGCAUCUGUUCACAAAGUUACAAUUCAAAUUGAUGAGAAUGAUGUCUCCAAGCCUUUACAGAUUUUUCAUGAUCCUCCUUUGCCAGCUUCUGAUUCCAAAUUAGUAGAAAGAGCCAUGAAGAUUGAUCAUUUAUCAAUAGAAAAACUCCUGAUUGACAGUGUCCAUGCACGAGCUCAUCAGAAGCUCCAGGAACUGAAGGCCAUUCUUAGAGGCUUCAAUGCCAAUGAAAAUUCUUCCAUAGAGACUGCACUUCCAGCUCUUGUUGUUCCCAUCUUGGAGCCCUGUGGUAAUUCGGAGUGUCUACACAUUUUCGUAGAUUUGCAUUCUGGAACAUUCCAGUUGAUGCUUUAUGGACUUGACCAAGCCACACUGGAUGACAUGGAGAAGGCUGUGAAUGAUGAUAUGAAACGGAUCAUUCCUUGGAUUCAGCAACUUAAGUUUUGGCUUGGACAACAGCGUUGCAAACAAUCUAUAAAACACUUGCCUACAAUAAGCAGUGAAACAUUGCAGCUGUCCAAUUAUUCAACCCAUCCUAUUGGAAACCUUUCUAAGAAUAAGCUGUUCAUUAAACUUACCCGUCUUCCACAAUACUACAUUGUUGUGGAGAUGUUGGAGGUUCCCAAUAAACCCACACAGCUGUCAUACAAGUACUACUUCAUGUCUGUGAAUGCCACAGAUUGUGAAGACAGCCCUGUCAUGGCCCUCCUGCUGCAGCAGUUCAAGGAAAACAUCCAGGAAUUAGUUUUUCGUACAAAAAACGGGAAACAGCCUAGAAGCAGUACCAAGCGCAAGUUGUCUGAUGAUCUGUGUCCAGUAGAAACCAAGAAAACCAAACGAUCAGGAGAAAUGUGUGCCUUCAAUAAAGUUCUAGCUCACUUUGUCGCUAUGUGUGAUACAAAUAUGCCAUUUGUAGGACUUCGGUUGGAGCUGUCCAAUCUGGAGAUUCCACAUCAAGGAGUGCAAAUGGAAGGUAAUGGCUUCAGUCACGCGAUUCGCUUAUUGAAAAUUCCUCCCUGUAAGGGUGUAAAUGAGGAAACCCAAAAGGCUCUGGACCGCUCUCUUCUCGAUUGCACUUUCCGAUUACAAGGUAGAAAUAACCGCACCUGGGUGGCAGAGUUAGUGUUUGCAAAUUGUCCACUUAAUGGCACUUCUACCAGGGAGCAAGGACCAUCCCGGCAUGUUUAUCUGACAUAUGAAAACCUGUUGUCUGAACCUGUUGGUGGUAGAAAAGUGGUUGAAAUGUUCCUUAAUGACUGGAAUAGCAUUGCACGAUUAUAUGAGUGUGUGUUGGAAUUCGCACGUUCUCUACCAGACAUACCCACUCAUCUAAACAUUUUCUCAGAAGUUUGUGUUUAUAAUUACCGAAAACUUAUCUUGUGUUAUGGAACCACCAAGGGAAGUUCAAUUAGUAUCCAGUGGAAUUCCAUACAUCAGAAAUUUCACAUUUCUUUGGGAACUGUUGGUCUAAACUCAGGAUGCAGUAACUGUCACAAUACUAUUCUCCAUCAGCUUCAAGAAAUGUUCAACAAAACACCAAAUGUGGUUCAGUUAUUACAGGUACUGUUUGAUACUCAGGCUCCAUUGAAUGCCAUCAACAAACUGCCCACUGUGCCGAUGUUGGGCUUGACCCAGAGAACCAACACUGCCUACCAGUGCUUCUCCAUCCUGCCGCAGUCAUCCACCCACAUCAGACUGGCCUUCAGGAACAUGUAUUGCAUUGAUAUAUACUGCCGGAGUCGAGGCGUUGUGGCAAUACGUGAUGGGGCCUAUAGUCUUUUUGAUAAUAGCAAGUUAGUUGAAGGUUUUUAUCCUGCACCAGGACUCAAGACAUUCCUGAAUAUGUUUGUUGACAGCAAUCAGGAUGCUCAAAGAAGGUCUGUAAAUGAGGAUGAUAAUCCCCCUUCUCCCAUUGGAGGAGAUAUGAUGGAUUCUUUAAUCUCACAACUCCAGCCACCACCCCAGCAACAGCCAUUUCGAAAGCAGCCAGGAUCAUCAGGCGCUUAUCCUCUAACUUUGCCCCCUACAUCUUAUCACAGCACAGUUAACCAGUCUCCCUCUAUGAUGCACACACAGUCUCCAGGAAAUCUGCAUGCCGCCAGCUCCCCCAGUGGGGCUUUGAGAGCCCCAUCACCAGCAUCAUUUGUUCCAACUCCUCCCCCUUCCUCGCAUGGAAUCUCAAUAGGACCAGGGGCCAGUUUUGCUAGUCCACAUGGAACCCUGGACCCUAGUUCUCCAUACACUAUGGUGUCACCAAGUGGACGAGCAGGGAACUGGCCAGGGUCUCCUCAAGUGUCUGGCCCCUCACCAGCAACACGCAUGCCUGGGAUGUCACCAGCCAACCCAUCACUACAUUCUCCAGUUCCAGAUGCUUCUCAUUCCCCUCGAGCUGGAACAAGUUCCCAAACAAUGCCCACAAAUAUGCCUCCACCUCGUAAACUACCUCAGCGCUCCUGGGCGGCCUCCAUCCCUACCAUCCUCACUCACAGUGCCUUGAAUAUUUUACUGCUGCCCUCUCCAACGCCAGGCCUCGUGCCCGGCCUAGCAGGUAGUUACCUUUGUUCUCCGCUUGAGAGAUUCCUUGGAUCCGUCAUCAUGAGACGACACCUUCAAAGAAUUAUUCAACAAGAAACGCUACAGCUGAUAAAUUCCAAUGAACCCGGAGUGAUCAUGUUUAAGACUGAUGCGCUGAAAUGCAGAGUAGCCCUUAGUCCCAAAACCAACCAAACACUUCAGCUAAAAGUGACACCCGAAAAUGCAGGACAGUGGAAACCUGAUGAACUUCAAGUUUUAGAGAAAUUCUUUGAAACAAGAGUUGCAGGACCGCCAUUUAAAGCCAAUACAUUAAUAGCUUUCACCAAGCUGUUAGGAGCUCCUACACACAUCCUCAGGGACUGUGUGCAUAUUAUGAAGCUAGAGUUGUUUCCUGACCAGGCAACACAGCUAAAAUGGAACGUUCAGUUUUGCCUGACGAUCCCUCCCAGUGCACCGCCAAUUGCACCUCCUGGGACACCUGCUGUGGUGCUGAAAUCCAAAAUGCUAUUUUUUCUUCAGCUAACUCAGAAAACAUCGGUCCCUCCCCAAGAACCUGUUAGCAUUAUAGUUCCAAUUGUUUAUGACAUGGCUUCAGGUAUCACCCAGCAGGCAGACAUUCCCAGACAGCAGAACUCUUCUAUUGCUGCUCCCAUGAUGGUCAGCAACAUUCUGAAGAGGUUUGCAGAGAUGAACCCACCACGACAAGGUGAAUGCACAAUAUUUGCAGCUGUUCGUGAUUUAAUGGCUAAUCUUACACUGCCCCCUUGUGGGCGUCCAUAGACACUAUUGUUUUUAAACCAGGAAGGCUGACAAAAGAGACAAAACAACAACAAAAAAAUCUGAAUUCAGCCUUCAGUUUAAAAAAGCAAAAGGACUUUUUUGACUUUAAGAGCUGAAUAUUCUAAAGUGGCAAAAAUUUUCAGGGUGCACUUCUUUCAUCAAAAAGACCAUCAAUCUUUUGUAUAGUGAACUUGUAUAGUGUGUUUAAAUGGGACACAUUUCAAACUAGGUAAUGCGUCAGUGUCUGUUUGCCAGUAAUAGAUUUAAUAUUCUGUUUUAUACUAUAAAGUA